AAAAAAACAAAAGGCAGGCUCCAUUGUUUUGUCCAAAACCAGCCCCUUGGUUUAGUCAUUCAUUAUUUUUGUAAUCCCAUAAAAGGAAACAAACCAAAACCAAAACCAUAAAACCAUGGGCAGUUUUCAGAUCAUCCCUUCCCCCAAAACCAUCUGCUCUCUCACCUUUUUCGUCCACUGUGUAUGUUUGUAUAUUAUUCUCUCUCUCUCAUCCUUUUGACUCCAUAUCUUCCUAAAACCGCUUCACAAAAACAAAACCACAAAACUGCUUCUUCAACACAACUAAACAAAAAUCAAAAGUGAGAGAGAAGUCGAAGAUACUAUAACUACAAAUUCUUGUCGGAAUUCUCUUACUUUGUCGGAUAUUCGAAUUCUUUCUCUGGGAUAGUGGAAUUCCGUUUGGAUUCUAUCUUUCUACAAUUGUUGCAAAUUAUUCCAAUUUAGGGCUUCAGAGUCGUUUGAUGGAAUCGAAUGUGAUGUUUUCUGGGUUCAGCCCAAGAAUGUUGAGCUUAGAAAUGCCUCAGAAUCCACAAAAUCCCCAAAAUUCAGUUCAAUUCCAGCAUCCACACCCUUACACUAGUACCUCAGCCGAUCAGCAAACUCAGCCACCGAUGAUAAAACCCUUGUACCCAUACGCCUCUGCUCCUCCUUCGAAACCCAAGCAAUUGUCCCCCAUGAGCGGCUGCAACGGAGACGACGAAGAUCGCGGGUCAGGUUCCGGGUCCGGUUGCAACCCGGAUGACAGCGCGGGAACCGACGGGAAGAGGAAACUCUCACAAUGGCAUCGAAUGAAAUGGACGGACACGAUGGUUAGGCUUCUGAUCAUGGCAGUCUUCUACAUCGGCGACGAAGCUGGUUUAAACGAUCCAAUCGAUGUCAAGAAAAAGAGUGGCGGCGGCGGAGGAGGGAUGUUGCAGAAGAAAGGGAAGUGGAAGUCAGUGUCGAGAGCAAUGGUGGAGAAAGGUUUCUCUGUUUCACCGCAACAGUGUGAAGACAAGUUCAAUGAUUUGAACAAAAGGUACAAGAGAGUUAACGACAUUCUCGGUAAAGGAAUCGCUUGUCGUGUCGUUGAGAAUCAAGGCUUGUUGGAGAGUAUGGAUCAUCUGACUCCCAAGUUGAAAGAUGAAGUCAAGAAGCUGCUUAACUCUAAGCAUCUCUUCUUCAGAGAGAUGUGUGCUUAUCAUAACAGUUGUGGUCAUCUCGGUGGCCACGACCAGCCACCGCAACAGAGCCCGGUUACGAUUCCGGUUCAGCAGAACUGCUUUCACGCGGCGGAAGCAGGGAAAAUGGCGAGAAUUGCGGAGCGUGAGGAGGCGGAGGAGGAUGUAGAGUCGGAUAUGGCGGAGGAUUCGGAGUCGGAGAUGGAGGAAUCAGAGGAGGAGGAGGAGGAAGUAGAAGAGACGACGAAGAAGAAGCGGAGGGUGUUGACGACGGCGGUGAAGCGGUUGAGGGAAGAAGCGGCGCGUGUAGUGGAAGAUGUUGGGAAGAGCGUGUGGGAGAAGAAAGAGUGGAUGAGGAGAAAGAUGUUGGAGAUAGAGGAGAAGAAGAUUGGGUAUGAGUGGGAAGGGGUGGAGAUGGAGAAGCAGAGAGUGAAGUGGAUGAGAUAUAGAAGCAAGAAGGAGAGAGAGAUGGAGAAAGCUAAGCUUGACAAUCAGAGACGGAGGCUUGAGACGGAGAGGAUGGUUUUGAUGUUACGGCGGAGUGAGAUUGAGUUGAAUGAGUUACAGUCUUCGGGUAAACGGGUUGACCCUUGUUCCGCCACCGGUUGAUGUUGUUUAAUGUUUUUUUUUUGUGGUUUCAGCCUUUGUUUAGUGU